UAAUCCAAUUGAGCUGGUGCGAAAGAGCUCAAAUUGAGGCGGCAAAACCAAAAUUCAAAGCUUUCCGUCUCCCAUAUAAACCCCCCCCUUUUCCCCUCAUUAGACCCAUCAAAUUUACACAUCUCUGAUUAGAAUUGCUUACGGGGCCGGAAAUUUCUCCGAGAAAAAAUGUCAGGAAGAGGAAAGGGAGGGAAGGGGUUGGGGAAAGGCGGAGCAAAGAGGCACAGGAAGGUGCUGAGGGACAACAUCCAGGGCAUCACCAAGCCUGCGAUUCGGAGGCUCGCUCGAAGAGGAGGAGUGAAGCGCAUUAGUGGGCUUAUCUAUGAAGAAACCAGAGGGGUGCUCAAGAUCUUCUUGGAGAAUGUGAUUCGCGAUGCGGUGACUUAUACUGAGCAUGCUAGGAGGAAGACUGUGACCGCCAUGGAUGUCGUCUAUGCUCUCAAGAGGCAGGGCCGAACCCUCUAUGGUUUCGGUGGUUAGAUUCGGAUCGAGUUUACUGUGCUUUCAUGAAUGAGUACAUUACCAGUACCAGAUUAGAUUGUCAAUCUAUGUCAUUUCUUGCUGUUUGCCAAUUUCUUUUGCGGGUUAAACAACUUGUGCGCACCAUGUGUUUGAUGAAGGUCCUCAAUGAGGCUGUUGUUUUGUAUAAAACACUAUUGGUUUGGCAUGUUGAUAAUCUUUUACUAAUUGUUAUUACUUUGGUAAUUUUUCUGUGGGAGCAAUUUACAGGCUUCCAAUUUGUUUCAGCAAUAUGAAAUUUCAGAAACUAAUCCA